CAUCACUAAGAGGUGAAAUGGCGCAGAAAGGAGUUCAGCUGGAACGGGAGACCUUCUCUUGUUCGAUCUGUCUGGAUCUACUGAAGGAUCCGGUGACUACUUGCUGUGGACACAACUACUGCAUGAACUGCAUUAAAAGCCACUGGGAUGAAGAGGAUCAUAAGAACAGCCACAGCUGUCCUCAGUGCAGGCAGACAUUCACACCGAGGCCUGUCCUGCUGAAAAACACCAUGUUAGCAGAUUUAGUGAAAGAGCUGAAGAAGACUGGACUCCAAGCUGCUCCUGCUGAUCACUGCUAUGCUGGAGCUGAAGAUGUGGCCUGUGAUGUCUGCACUGGGAGGAAACUAAAAGCCAUCAAGUCCUGUCUGGUCUGUUUGGCCUCUUACUGUGAUCAACACCUCCAGCCUCAUUAUGAUGUGGCUCCGUUAAAGAAACACAAGCUGGUGGAGCCCUCCAAGAAGCUCCAGGAGAACGUCUGCUCUCGUCAUGAUGAGGUGAUGAAGAUGUUCUGCCGUACUGAUCAGCAGCUUAUCUGUUAUCUCUGCUUAAUGGAGGAACAUAAAGGCCACGACACAGUCUCAGCUGCAGCAGAAAGGACUGAGAGGCAGAAAAAGCUUGAGGGGAGUCGACAAAACAUCCAGCAGAGAAUCCAGGACAGAGAGAAAGAUGUGAAGCUACUUCAACAGCAGGUAGAGGUGAUCAAUGACUCUGCUGAUAAAGCAGUGGAGGACAGCGAGAAGAUCUUCACUGAGCUGAUCUGUCUCAUGGAGAAAAGAAGCUCUGAUGUGAAGCAGCAGGUCAGAUCCCAGCAGAAAAGUGAAGUGAGUCGAGUCAAAGAGCUUCAGAAGAAGCUGGAGCAGGAGAUCACUGAGCUGAAGAGGAAAGACGCUGAGCUGAAGAAGCUCUCACACACAGAGGAUCACAACCAGUUUCUACACAACUACCCCUCACUGUCACUCAGCCAAUCAGCAUCCAGCAUCGAUAUCUGCCAUCUGAGCUACUUUGAGGACGUGACAGCAGCCGUGUUAGAAGUCAGAGAUAAACUACAGGACGUUCUCAGAGAGGAAUGGACAAACUGCUCACUGACAGGGACUGAAGUGGACGUUUUACUGCCACAACCAAAACCCAAGACCAGAGCUGAAUUCUUAAAAUAUUCACGUGACAUCACACUGGAUCCAAACACAGCACACACACUGCUGUUAUUAUCUGAGGGGAACAGAAAAACAACAAGAAUGAGAAAACAUCAGUCUUAUUCUAGUCACCCAGACAGAUUCACUGGAUGUCCUCAGGUCCUGAGUAGAGAGAGUCUGACUGGACGUUGUUACUGGGAGGUAGAGAAGAUGGGUAACAUUUCUGUAGCAGUCUCAUACAAGAAUAUCGGCAGAGCAGAGAGAUUGUAUGAAGGUUUGUUUGGAUUCAAUGAAAAAUCCUGGGCUUUAGACAGAAGCAGUUACUAUUGUUACAACAAAGUCAGAAGAAUCCUCUCAGGUCCUGUGUCCUCCAGAGUAGGAGUGUACCUGGAUCACAGUGCAGGUAUUCUGUCCUUCUACAGAGUCUCUGAAACCAUGACUCUCCUCCACAGAGUCCAGACCACAUUCACUCAGCCCCUCUAUGCUGGUUUUACUAUUUAUUCUCCUGGAGGCACUGCUGAGUUGUGUAAACUGAAAUAGACAGAAGUCAUUUAAGGGUUAAUCUCUGUUUUAACUCUAACUUAUUUAGUCUCCAUGUUUGUUGCUGAGAGCUGAUUGUUUUGGCAUUUCUUCAUUGCACAGAGAUCAACUGUCAGUCAAACAUUAUGGGAUGUCCUUUGACAUCUUGUCAUUAGUUGUUGUGUAAAUGUUUGAGUUUCUUUAGGUGGUGCUCCUUCCUGUGUCUGUUUAGCCACGGAGGCUAUCACUGCUCAUGAUUGUUGACUUGAACUGAGAAUGAAAACUUCUCUACUCUCUAAAUGUUUUAAUAUUUGUUUAUAUGUAUUUGUAUGUUGUUUCUCUUCCACAUGGGUGUAACACACACACACACACACACUCUCACCAGAUCGCCUUUAUUCUCUUUACUUUGUUCUCUUUAAGAAAUCUAUAAUCACAUGUAUCUGUUUAACCUGAUCAUAAUCAAAAGAGAUUAUUCAGUAUUCUCUUCAACCUAUCUGAGGGUCAAACACAUUGAUUGUGUGGAUGAAGUGAAUCUGUAAAUGUAAUCGUUGAAUUAUAUUCACUUAUGUUUGUAUUGCUAUUUUUAAUGUAAUAAAAUGUUUAAUUAUGAAGUAUUA